UGAUACGAAGCUACUACAGCAAUGUUCGUCUUAGAUUCAGCACUCCAGACUUUACCACUGACUGGAUCAAGGUAGAAAGGGGUAUAGUUACAGGAUGCACAGUCUCAGUCAUCUUGUUUGUCUUUGGCAUGAAUCUUAUCUUGAAGGCAGCAGAACAGGAGACAAGGGGUCCCAAGAUGACAUCUGGCAUAAGGAUGCCUCAAACCAGAGGGUUUAUGGACGAUAUAACCAUAACAACAGAAUCCUACAUACAAGCAAGAUGGAUUCUUGGUGUUCUGGAAAAAACAGCAUCCUGGGCAAGAAUGAAGUUCAAGUCAAGAAAGUCAAGGUACCUUGUACUCAGGAAGGGGAAGAUACUGCCUCAUGUGGACCGGAAGAUUCAAGGCAAAGACAUCCCGAGGAUCAUAGACAAUCCUAUCAAGUGCCUUGGGAAGUGAUUUGAUACUACCCUAAUAUACAAGGAAGCUAUCGAUCAGCUCCAGGUUAGUCUGAGCCAGAAUCUGAAGACUAAAGACAAGACAGGACUCCCAGGAAAGUUUAAGGUGUGGAUCGACCAACACUCACUACUACCAAGGCUUAGCUGGCCCUUGAUGCUGUAUGAGAUCCCAACAUCAACAGCAAAAUCCCUAGAGCGUAAUAUAAAAAAGCACAUUCGGAAGUGGUUUGGCUUCCCGCAAUGUUUUACAAGCCUAGGUCUGUACACUGCAACAGGGGAACUGCAGCUACCAGUCUCUUCAUUGGUCGAAUAGUUCAAGGUCUCCAAGGCUCGCUUACUUAUGACACUUAAGGACUCUCCUGAUAAAUGCAUUCGAGGAGCCGGUAUCGAGCUAAGGAUUGGUAGAAAGUAGCCAGUCAGCCAAGCAGUGGAGUCAGCAGAGUCACGCCUCAGACAUGCUGACAUUGUUGGUACCACAACUGUAGGGCACCUUGGCCUUGGAUUGGUUGAACGUCAGAGGUACUCAACAACAUCCAGACAAGACAGAAGAUCUACGAUUCAGGCCGACAUUAGGAAGGGUGAAGAGGAGCGAAGAAUGGCACAACUGGUACAGAUGGGGAGUCAAGGAGCAUCUACCAUGUGGAAUCUACCAGAGAGAAAACUCAACUGGUCAGAUAUCUGGCAGAUGAAGCCAAUUCGUAUAAGCUUCCUUCUCCGCAGCGUGUAUGAUGUUCUACCGACACCAGUUAAUCUCCAUCGCUGGAAACUAAUCGAUGAUCCAUCGUGUUCUCUAUGUGGCAAGAGAGGAACACUGGAGCAUGUUCUUAGUUCUUGCUCAACAACGCUGUCACAAGGCCGUUACAGGUGGAGGCACGAUGGAGUCUUAAGGCAAUUAGCAGACAUCCUCGAGAGGGAAAGACAGAAGAGUGGGGUCCUGCAGUCAUCAAAGACCUGGGGGAUGAGAGUAGACCUGGAAAAGCGACUUUUUUCCAAGAGAUGGUCCAGACAACUCUGUGACAUAGUAUUGUGGGCCCCCCAGGACAAGAAGAUUGUGCUCAUUGAACUGACGGUACCUUGGGAAGAGAGGUGUGACGAGGCUUACGAACGUAAAUCAGCCAAGUACACCCCGUUAACUGAAGACUGUAGAAAGAAAGGAUGGAAAGCCUGGCUUUUCUCCGUAGAAGUCGGGACCAGGGGCUUCCAAGCUAAGUCAUUUUGGAAGAUGCUGACCGAGAUAGGAAUAACUGGCCAUCAGAGAAAGCAAGCAAUCCGCUCAAUCAGUAGUGCAGCUGAAAAGGCAUCUUGUUGGUUAUGGCUUAGGAGAGAUGAAAAGAGCUGGUGCUAACUGUCAACACACAGUGGUUUGAUCCCCACUGUGGCCCCACUAUAUUAGAGUGUCCUAGGUAUAACGGGGCGAAACACUCGAUUAUGUAUGGCACCUACGCUGACGAUGUUGACAGUUCAUUUUGCAGUACAUUACUGUAUGAAAAACAUAUGUUAAAACACCUUUUCUUUUUAUACUGAGAAAUGUCAAAAUGCAAAUUAUUUAAACAUUCUGAUAUCAAUUUGAUCUCCUAGUGAUUUAUGUCGGCAAUGUAAAAUUACGAAUUGUUUCUCUGUGAUUUCUAUAAUACUCCGAUUCCUCGGCAAAUUAAUUGAAUAAUAUGCUGAUUUUAAAAUUGUUAUUCUUGUUAAUACGUUGUACUAAACUGAGGGUUUCUGCUGACAUCUGUACAAUAAACAAAACUAUUUGAAGUCACCCAACACAAUUAAAAUAGAUUCAAUGUCCUUAAGCAUUCGAAUAUAUUAGUUGUAAAGUUAUAAAGUUUGUACCCGUAACAUGUGAUGAUAUUGUUUCCUUUGCAUUGAAAGUACCACGAGCGUCUUUUAGAAACUAUACAGCAGCAUGAAACCGAAGAAGAAGGAAUUGAAAGGAUCCGAAUUAUGCUGUUGGGUCAAGUCAAAGCAGGGAAGUCCUCAUUUAUAAACACUGUAGCUACAAUAGACAGGAAUCGAAUGGCACAGGUCACACGCGCUGGAGCAGCUGACGGAAGCUUGACAAAUGAGCUGAAGGAAUAUAGACCAAGGGACGCAUUAAAGAAGAUCUGCAUAUUGGAUACGAUGGGUUUAGAGACCAACAUGAGUGGUUUGAAUGUGAAAGAUAUCCCAUAUCUUGUGCAUGGAAAUAUUUGCCCUGGUUACAAGUUUAAUCCUGCAUCACCCAUUUCACCAAAGAGCGACUAUUAUAGGUCUGAUCCUAAAAUGUGCGAUAAAGUGAACUGCGUUGUGUAUGUAGUGGACGCUAAUAUUCUCGGACAAGAUAAUGUUUCAGGUGAAACCAAACAGAUAGUUAAGGAUGUUCACGCUGAAUUAAGCCCAGAAGAUAUUGCAACUUUUGUAGUGUUAACCAAAAUUGAUGUACUGUGUCAAUCGGUUGCAACAAAUGUAACAAAUAUAUAUACGAGUGAAAAAGUCAAGCAAGCUGUUAAUCUGGCCGUGGAGUUAUAUAAGGUUCCGAAGCAGAAUAUUUUCCCUGUAAAGAAUUACGAACACGAAUCGGCGAAAAACAUUAAUGCUGAAAUUCUGAUACUAUUGGCUCUGAGACAAAUGGUGAACUUUGGAACAGAUUUCCUCAACCAUGGAACUGGAUUUUCAUCCAGAUUUUAGUAAACUACAAGUUCUUGUGCACGAAAAUAAGUAACAUUUAACUGCAAAAUAUAUCCGUAGGAAAUCAAAGAAAUCAACUGAGGUCAAAAAGCCUAUAAAAUAAUAUAUGUGUUUCUCUUGUAGAUAUAAUUGUACCUUUGUAAAAAAAUCAAAUAAAACUGUUUUCUCUUUUCAGAAUGACAUUAAUUUUA